AUGCUCGCUGAGACUGUUGCUCUUGUCGCUCUAAGAGCUGCAAUCUUCUUCUCCUGCCGCAAAUUCAUACUCGCAGGUCUCCAUGCAAACUAUCAAGACUCCGACACCGAAUUCAUUCCUCUGCAAGAACCGCUUCCAUCGCCAAUAACACAUUCGUCGAAGGGCAAGUCAUUUGGAAAGAGCAAAGCCACAACAGAGGCAGGAGACGUUUUUGCGGGCUGUUUCAUGGAAAGUUGUGUGCUUUGCACACUGCUCAUGAUGCAGGCACUCGAUAUAUCGAGUCCCAGUGUGCGACUGCUCAACUGGCGAAUCUCGCUCUUCAUCCUGCUUGCCCUUGUUCUGCUGUACCUCCCGUUCCUACUCAGCCUACUGCUCAUAUUCUCUACGGACUCUGAAACCCGGCAUCGCACCACUUUGCCGCGAUUAGCUUUCAGCGUCGCCGUGGUUGGCCUCCAUCUAUUUCUUCUCUCCCUUGUACCGCUACCAGAACCAGCAGGCGACUAUACUACUGCUGUGCUGUCGCGGCUCAUUGUUGUCGGCACUGUCAUUCUUGGUCUUCUGGCCGGUUAUGGUGCCGCAAGCAGCGUUUGGACAUACUUUCCGCUCAACGGACAAAUAAUUCCCCCGACGGAAAAUGAGCUUGUCAGCGCCCAGGAAGGGGAAGCAGGAAGGCGGCGCGCUGAAUCUGCUGCAGCUGCUCAAGCGAAUGCGACCUGGCUUUCUCGUGUGAUGCCCAGCUUUCGAGGGGAUGAUGACACACAAGUCCUCGCCGGCCUUUCUGCUUUGGAAGAGCAAAUGACAAUACGGGUGGAUACCCUGCGACAACGCCGGCUGGAAGCUCUGCGAAUGCGAACAUGGUACGGGAGACUGGUUACAAUUUGCGGAAGGGUGUUUUCCGUCUACUGCGCGUUCAGGGUUCUAACAACGAUGGCUGCAUUCUUGCUGCCCUCGUCUUUCGGUUCACGGACUACUUCUGAGGCCAGCAAAACUUCUCCUGCGCUCGAUCUGGACCUCGCUACGAACGUGAUGACGACAUUACUCCCUCCAUUGGCGGACAAACCGCAAUUGGCCUCCCGCUUGGCCAGACAUGCGAGCCUUCUUCUUGUGGGCAUAAUCAUUGCAUCGAGCUUGAGGCGAGUCGUGCGGGGAGCAACGAGAGUUUUACGAGUAACAAGCCAGACCUUAGGCUCUGCGCUGAUGGUCCUGGUGCUUGCAUGGGUCAUGAGCGUCUAUAUCCUUGCAACCAUCGUCCAGCUGCGAACAACCUUCCCGCCUCCAACCCCAUCCACGCCCCCCUCAGAAGUUGGGAACGAUGAUGCGGCUGUGACCAAUCUCUUCAGCACCAUUCCGCCGUUCGCUCGGGACGAUGGAUUGGCGGGAAAGUGGGUGGUGCGGACUGAAGUUUCCGAGCAUCAUUGGAUAAAAAAAAUUUCAGCGAGUCAUCGUUGA